UAUAGGACAACACUGCAAUAAGGCGUUUUGCGCGCGGGCGAACCGACGAAGACGGGCGGUCAUAGGUGGUGUGCGAUGCCUGCACUCGUGUUGUUGCACCAUCCAAAUCCUAAUUAUUAUCGUUGGUGUGUAUAACUACUCUCGCGCUGCCAAAAUCGUACUUCUGCAGAUACAUCGCGGUACAUCAUCAUAACAAUCAUGCAAACCGUAACGCUGCGUCCGGAUGUCCGGCUCGUCCCUGACCCGGUGUCCACGCCGGAAAAGUUUCGCUCUGGCCACUACCACCUGGAGCUGACGCCCGUUUGGCAGUACGUAAUCAAGAAAAACCGGUUUCCGGCCAACGUCGACCGACAGGAAGUAUUCGCCGAGCUGACCGUCCGACUACAGCAUCCCGAAUGGCAGGUGAGACUUCAUGGUUCACGAGUGCUAGCUUACGUUAUACCUGCAGUUGGCCCACAACUGGACGCGUUGAUGUCCCCGACAAUACUCCCAGCGGUCAUUACAAAUCUUGCCCACUUUUCACCGGCCCUCAGAAGUAGCUCUAUGGAUGCAAUUUUGGUCUACGUACAACACUCGGCUGACCCCGAAUUUGUUCUCAAGUCCAUGAUCGUGCAGGGAUUGGAUGUAUUUGGUGCCAAAUCAAGUCUCACUGUGAAUGUUAUGGAAUGCGUACCUGUAGUACUUCAACAAAUCGUUAAGAGAAAUGGUGAACGACCCAUUGCGAUACCUACAUUUGUGCACCUUGUAACUGCCUUAUCCAACAAGAUGGUACAAGCAACAUUUCAACAAGCUGCUGUUUACUGUUUAGACAGGGUUAAAGAAAUUGUCGGAAGAAAUAAAUUUGAUCACUAUCUUGAAACAUUUCAUCCUAUUAUUAAAAAGGAUUUUGAAGUGUUGUGUGAAGUGUAUAGAAUAUCUUCAUCAUCUGGUCGAGAUUCUUCAAUAUCAUCGUAUGAUGACGAAGACGAUGUAGAAACUUCAAAAACGCCUAGAAGAGUAACGUUUGGUGGAGAGCUUAUUAAGAUUCGAAGUCCUGACAUCUCUGAUGAACAUCAUGAAGUUCAAAAGUCUACUGGUAUUCCAAUUCCAAUCAAGCCUGCAUUAAGUAUACCAAAACAUCCCAAAAAUGAAAACAUAUCAAUAAAAUUACCACUUUCACGACAAAGAAAUUAUAAAAAUAUGAAGACAGACAAAACAUUUAAAAAUUUCGAGUCUUCUGUAAGAACAACGUUUUCCAUGACCGUGGUGCCGGAGAUCAGCAGGCAGGAACACAACAGCAGCAGAAUGUCCAACGCAGACGAUAAUCCCCAACACACUCUUAUUCGUCCCAUGGACAACAGCCGCGGUGGUGACGACGAAACUAAAUCGUCAGACGGCGAAUAUGAUGAUGCCCGGCGACAGACUCCGGUCAACCGAACGUCGUCGAAUAUUCCGAUCGAAGGUAGCGCAAUAAUGGGAACUCGACGCGUUAACCACGAUGAUCGACUGCCUCAGCAGCAGCAAGUGAUUGACAAUCACAAACAAUCGACAACGCAGUCUGAAAAUUAUAGCAACGUUGAUCUCGUCAAACCGACCAAUCUUAAGUUGCAGUGCUCUACCACGAGCGUAACAGCAGGUGCAGACACUCAAUCGCAAAACGAUAAAAAACCAAUAGCUGAAGUAAAACCUACGAAAUCUGUUGUGCAACCAUCUGCGCCAACCAUUACAUCAACGGCCGAAAGGAGGAGAUCUGUUGGAACGAAUCUUAAAAAUAAACGAUCUAGUGAAAUAGGACCAAAUUUCACUCCGUUCAAUGAACCUCAAAGAGCUCUACAUUUGGUUUCUACUCAAAUCAAUAGCCCGGAAUGGGAAGCGGCCGUUACGGGUCUACAGAAUAUUUCACGAUUGGCUAUGUUCCACAGUAAAGAACUGCGUCCAGGUUCCUUACAACCUUUCGCUCGCAAUGUGGCUAAGCAUAUCAAAUGUCUCCGAUCCCAAGUGGCGCGAGCCGCAUGUACGGCUGCACAGAAAAUGUUUUCUUAUGUACCGAAAUCAGUGGAACCGGAUGUUGAAGAAAUCGCAUCGACACUGUUUCCGCGUACAGCGGAUACCAAUAAAUUUCUUAGGGUGCAAAGUGCAGAAGCUUUGAACGCAAUGGUCGAUAACGUAAAUCCUGUAAAAUGUGUGCAUGUAAUCACAGCUAAAGGGAUAAAACAUGGAAAUCGAAUGGUUCGUGCAGAAGCGUGCCGUCUUUUAGCCAGAAUGGUCGAUAGACUUGGAGUCAGUGGAACUCUUCAUUUACCAACAGAUGCUAGAGAUGCAGUGAUAACUGCUGCCACUAGUAUGGUAUUUGAUAAUACGCCUACUUCUCGUCAAGCCGCUCAACAUAUAUUAACCAGAUUGAGCGAAGAUCCGAGAGGUGCAGCAUUAAUAUCAUCAGCAGCUUCACCAAAUGUAAAAGCUACAUUAAAUAAAUCGUUGUCAAGAAUAUUUCUUAAAUGAAAUAUUUUUUUGAUCAAUGAAUUAUUAAUUUAUU